GCUUCCUGUUUGAAGAGUUUGAGAGAUUGAUCUCGCCCGGGCCUGCACCCUGGACUGGCUGGGUUUGGCUCCAGCAUGCCGCAGUAACUCGAUCAAACCGCGGAUCUGCCCUCGCCCACAAGUAAAGGGCUGCGCUCACAGUCUCUUGCGACUUUCCUGAAGGUCCUGGUUUUGUUUGUUGUUGACAAGGCUGUGGAAAUUGAUCCGGGUGUUCCUUUCAAAAUGUCCAAUACUGCCGCUGGAUACAACUCGCAGAACGGGGCAGGGAAGCAGUCGAGUCGCAAUGGCCCUAUACAGAAUCCGGUAAUGAUGCAGGCCCCAGGGCAGAGUUACAAUACAGCAGCCCAGACGAUGCAUCCACAACACAUGCCAGCCAAAGCUCCUUUAGAGCAACCUGCCGGACAAUAUCACUACGGCUGUUAUCAGAGCGCUCCUCCUGUGAGUGUGUAUCAGGGACCUGGUCAGAGCACUCCUCCUGUGAGUGUGUAUCAGGGACCUGGUCAGAGUGCUCCUCCUGUGAGCAUGUAUCGGGGACCUGGUCACAGCGCUCCUCCUGUGAGCACGUAUCAGGGACCUGGUCAGAGCGCUCCUCCUGUGAGCAUGUAUCAGGGAACUGGUCAAACCAGCAUGACCAGGCCUCCCACGAGACCCCUUCAGCCACAUCAAGCAGGAUCUGCCGGGAUAGCAGCCCCAGCUCAGAGCUCCACACCUCCACCUGUGGUUUCUAAUAGCUUUUAUCCAGGCUCCCAGAUCCCCCCUCAUUCACACUGGCCUUAUGGCACACCCCCUCCCUUGAACCAGCCUCCAGUGGGCUCCCAGGCAAACCAUGUGACAUCAGCACCAAGCCAGCCCUCUGCAAUGCAGUAUGGGAUCCAGAACAGCCCCCCACAGGGACCCCCUGCUCCUCUGAACAGCUCCGUGCAGCCAGGCCUGCCCUCUGGGUAUGGGAUCCAGAACAGCCCCCUGCAGGGACCCCCUGCUCCUCUGAACAGCUCUGUGCAGCCAGGCCCGCCCUCUGGGUAUGGGAUCCAGAACAGCCCCCCGCAGGGACCCCCUGCUCCUCUGAACAGCUCCGUGCAGCCAGGCCCGCCCUCUGGGUAUGGGAUCCAGAACAGCCCCCUGCAGAGACCCCCUGCUCCUCUGAACAACUCUGUGCUGCCAGCAGGGCCGGCCCCCCCUCCUAUCAAUCCACCUUCAUCGCAAACAUACCAGCCUGGCAGGCAGCCUUUCGGGCCUCCUCUGAGACCAGCAGCGCCUCCUACUGGACAGUUAAACAAUGCAGCCACUCCCCCGCCUCCUGCUGCUGUUAAACAAGAAGUACCAGGAGCAGAAAGGGCGCAGAUCCACAACAGCUUUGAUGCUUUGGAAAAUGGAGGCAGAAACGCUGCACAGCAUCCUCCACAGAUGGGCAGGGCAGUUGGCCUGUCGUAUCCCUCAUUACCUCCUGGCUACCAGAACGUGACUGCCCCCCCCUGUGCACCGGGAAUGCAGCCUCCAGGCCAGCCUUACCCUGCAGGAGCCCAGUCCUUUCAGCAGGGUCCGCUGGGUCCAGCUCAGCUUGGCCAUGCUCUGGGAGGGAUGAAUCUGCAACAGAGCAAGCCUCCUGAAGCUCUGAGAACCAUCAACCUGCUCCAGGAGAGGAACCUCCUGCCCUGGGGUCCUGUCACCCCCCCUGUGCCCUGCCUGCCCCAGGACCUGCAGCGGCUCAACUGCAGUCCUGAGGUCUUUCGAUGCACUCUGACCAACAUCCCUCAAACUCAGUCUUUGCUAAACAAAGCUAAGCUUCCCUUGGGGUUACUCCUCCACCCAUUCAAAGACAUGUCGCAGCUGCCGGUGGUUACCUCCAGCACCAUCGUGAGGUGUCGAUCCUGCAGAACCUACAUCAACCCCUUCGUCACGUUCCUCGACCAGAGGAGAUGGAAGUGCAAUCUGUGCUACCGAGUCAAUGAGGUUCCAGAAGAAUUUAUGUAUAACCCUGUAAGCAGAUCGUAUGGAGAACCACAUAAAAGGCCAGAAGUUCAAAAUCCCACAAUUGAGUUCAUUGCACCUUCAGAAUAUAUGCUGCGGCCGCCCCAGCCUGCAGUCUACCUCUUCGUACUUGAUGUGUCCCACAAUGCAGUAGAGACUGGAUACUUGGACACGGUGUGCCAGUCACUCCUGGACAGUCUCAGCUUACUGCCAGGAGACACCAGGACGAAGAUAGGCUUCAUUACAUUUGACAGCAGAGUCCAUUUCUAUAACCUUCAGGAGGGCCUGUCUCAGCCUCAGAUGCUGGUUGUCUCAGACAUUGAAGAUAUCUUCAUUCCAACACCAGACAGCCUGUUGGUAAACCUCAACGAAUGCAAGGAGCUGGUCCAGGACUUGCUGAAAGGCUUGCCUCAGAUGUUUACCAGUACCCUGGAGACGCAGUGUGCGCUGGGGCCCGCUCUGCUGGCUGCCUUCAAGCUGCUUUCCCCCACUGGAGGCCGGGUCUCUGUCUUCCAGACACAGCUGCCUUCUGUAGGGGUUGGGGCGCUGAAGUCCAGAGAAGAUCCCAACCAGAGGGCUUCUGCAAAGGAUAUUCCGCAUCUGACUCCUGCCACUGAUUUCUACAAGAAGCUGGCCCUGGACUGUUCUGGGCAGCAGAUUGCUGUGGAUCUUUUCCUGCUUAGUGGACAAUACUGUGAUUUAGCUUCAUUAGCCUGCAUAUCCAAGUAUUCUGCAGGCGGAGUCCACUACUACCCUUCAUAUCACCACCUGCACAACCCUGCCCAGGUGGAGCAGCUCCAGAGAGACCUGAAGCGCUACUUCAGCAGAAAGAUUGGCUUUGAGUCGGUCAUGAGGGUCCGCUGCACCAAAGGUCUUUCUAUACAUACCUUCCAUGGAAACUUCUUUGUCCGUUCGACGGACCUGCUCUCGCUGCCCAACAUCAACCCAGACUCGGGGUUUGCUGUUCAGAUGUCGAUUGAGGAGAAUCUCUUAGACAUGCCGGUGGUUUCUUUCCAGGCUGCUCUUCUCUACACUUCCAGCAAAGGGGAGCGUCGCAUACGAGUCCACACUCUGUGUUUACCAGUCGUGAACUCCAUGGCUGACAUCUUUGCUGGAGCGGACGUGCAGGCCAUUACAGGGCUGCUGGCCAGCAUGGCGGUUGACCGCUCUGUCACAGCCAGUUUGAGUGAUGCCCGCGAUGCUCUGGUGAAUGCUGCGAUUGACACUCUGCGUGCCUAUCGCUCUGGCGGGCUGAGUGUGCAGCAGCCUGGCCUUGUCGCCCCUGCCUGCCUGCGCCUCCUUCCUCUUUAUGUGGUGGCCCUGCUCAAGCAGAAAGCCUUCCGCACUGGAAUGAGCACCAGGCUGGAUGAGCGUGUGUUUGCGAUGUGUCAGCUGAAGUACCAGCCCCUGGCUUACCUGAUGCUCAUGAUCCAUCCUGCUCUGUACAGAGUAGACAAUCUUACAGACGAGGGUGCGAUUAGCAUCACUGACAGAACAAUCCCUCAGCCCGCGACUCUGCAGCUGUCUGUGGAGAAGCUGAGCAGGGAUGGAUCCUUCCUGAUGGACUCUGGCUCGGUUCUGUAUCUGUGGGUUGGAAGAAACUGUGCACCCAACUUUAUUACCCAGGUGCUAGGUGUCCCUGACUAUACAGCAAUACCUCAGACUAUGACUCGACUCCCAGAACUAGACACGGCUGAGUCGACGAGAACAAGAGCCUUCAUUUCUUGGUUAAGAGAACAAAGACCUUUUUACCCAAUCUUGCAUGUAAUCAGGGAGGAAAGUCCCCUCAAGGCAAGCUUUAUGCAGCACAUGGUCGAGGACAGGACAGAAUCUGCUCUGUCGUACUACGAGUUUCUGCUCCAUUUGCAGCAGCAAGUUAACAAAUAAAGUGGUUUGCCAAGCUGUGGGAUGUGGCUAGUCUGAGAGGAGAACCAAGGAGAGGGUGUGUGAGCAGCGGCGCCUCUAUUCAAGGAUUCAUCAGCAAUGACUUUUUACAAAGUGUUUUUCAUCACUGGGCCACAAGAUUGAAGCACAUUAAAAAAUACUAACUUUAACAUUUUCCAUUAUGGGUUGAAAUGCAUUUUUUUUUAAAUACAUUUUUAGGGUUUAAUUAUGUAAGUUGUCUAUAAUUUUCUUUUAGCUCAGAUGAAACAGAAUCACUAAAGUUAUUCUUUCAAUUAAGACUGGCUUGUGAAUGAGGGAAGGUAAUGGAGUUUGUUGAAAGAACAUUUCUGCUGGUUUAUAAAAUCUCUAUGUAUUGGUUUUUAAUAUUCUGUCUUCAUUGGCUUCCAGAAGAGAUCUGUUGUCAAGUCUUAAACUCAUGAAUGCUUCACACAUGAAAGAUGUUGGAAUCCUGAAUGUCCUAGGGGAUAAAGAGCAGUAUUUUGUGGCUCAGAUUUACAGACUCUUCUUUUUCUUAUACAUUGAACUAGUACAAACACAUAAUGGUGGAUAAUCAGGACCGAAACUGUAGUAAAAUCUUUAAUGUAGUGAAGUCAUCACAUGUUUGUAAUUCAGUCUCCUCUGAGAUGCGUGCAAAGAGCACAGAGUCUGUCUGUUUCAUUGAGACCGUUUAUUGAUUUGAUUUUGUCUGGUUUCAUUCUCAAAAUUGUUUUUUUUUCCUCUUAAUAUUAAAGCAGUCCUCUGUUUAACUUGCA